UCAAACUCAAGCAGUGUGGAGCAGAUUCUGGAUCUCCUCUACGCGGCCAGCUACGUCGACGUAACAAAUUCUGACGCGCCGCCGUCUCAGAAAAUCGCUGCCGGCCUCUCCUGGUGCAUCGCCGCCAUAACAGACAAAGACAACGCGCGGAGCAUCGAGGAAUCGUUAGGAUUAAUUGGAUGCCCGCACUCUCUUCGAACAUCUCACGUUCAAGAUCUCGAUAUCGAGGCUCUGUUUCCUGUAAUUCGGUGGCUUACGUCACACCUUCCGCAAAAUCGAGAACACCGUGUGGACGAGGUUUGUCAUGCUGAAAAUACCAUUGAAGUGGAUGAGUGUAGAACUUUGAUUGACGCAUUGAGUGGCAACUUGGAUGAACUGAAUCAGCAGAAGAUGAAUGUUGUGAAGCAAUUAUAUAUUCUACAAGAGAGAAUCAAUAAGGAGGGUGCUGAUUCUGCAGCACAGAAGUUGGUUUCUUUACUGACGUCUUUGAAGGAUCUUAAAAAGCAGGAAAAUUACUUUCAGUCCAAUCGUGAUACUAAACACUCAGAACUUCAAGAUGAUAUCAGUGAAUUAGAGAGGAAAAUAACAAAUGACUGUGAUACCGAGAACCUUCCUGAUGAACUAUAUCAUUCUUUUAGUGAAUUAAUUGAAAAAGUCAAUUUGAUGAAAAAGGAACUUGCUGCUAAACUGAGGGAAAUUGUGGUAUUAAGACGACAGAUUGAUGACCUACCGUGCCAAUCAGAAGUCAUCCAUUUCAAGAGGCCUUUAGUAGCACUGAUGGACGUAUAAAACUUGUUCAUUCGAUGGAAGGAAUUGUCAAGGGAAAUCAACAGAAGCUAGAAAGGGUUCAUGUAGGACUUCAAGAUGAAGAGAAAAUUUGUAAUGAUCUAAAGUAUAGGUAUGCUGCAGCAACCGGUGAGCAGAAGCGCUGCUAUUCUCUGUUGAAAGCUUUUCAGGCCCAAUGUGCGAAGAAUUAGAAGUUUCGGUGUCGAAGUUCCUAGUCAAAAAUUGAAAAUUCCCGACAACAUUACACAACUGAGGUUGAGUGACACAAAUUUUUGUAUCGCGUCGAAGCAGAGAGCUUGCCUUCAUGCUCAAAAAAGCUGCAUUUUAAAAGCUGAUGCCAUGAGUUGUAGUUAUGAUGAUUCACAUUCAUCCAUUGCUAUUUACAGUAAUAUAAAACAUUCUUCAUGGUUCGAAUUUUUGUAUAGGUUUCUCUGUAACUGUAGACGAUCCCAGUAAGGGUAGAGAAUUCUCCAAUCGAUAUUCAACUCUUUUCUAAUGAUUGAAUUUUUUUAUUGCUGUAAUUUUGAAAAUUGAUAAAUAAUAAUUUUAAAUUAAUAAAAAAAA